UUACCAAGUGCACAAUGGUUGCGCAAUAUCUGCAGUUUUGUAAGGAAGAAGAAUUCGAGCCACUUAGCAGAACCACAUUAUUUCGUAUCCUGGAAGUUAGAGAAGCCUCACAGCGAAAAUCUUUACAAGGCUUGGAUAAUACCGCUGCUGAUGGAUCGAAUGGGUUUAACACUAUGGAACAAAUCUCUGAACGUCUAGUUCAUCUAGGAAUUGAUAUCCAAUGGUCACAGUCUGUGAAAAAAGUAUCAAAAGGUUACAUAAAGCAAAAGAAUACCUCAAAACAGAUUAUAAGGUACAUUGCCAAGAGGAUGAUAGUUUAUGUGCUGAUCACUGUACAAUGUUUGCGUUAAGUGAUCCAGGAGAUGAAGCUUUUCAAGUAAAGUGUGCACACGAACAUACGCUGGUUUGUGAUAACUGUGAGAACCUCAAAUCUACUUUACAGGAACUAGAAAACAAGCUGAAAAGCAACACACAUUUUUCAUAUACUCAAGAUAUAAAAGAAGAGCUCAUCCACGACUUUGAAGAAGCUAAAGACAGAAUCAGCAAAUGGAAGGCCCAUAUUCUCCGUUCGAUAAAUCAGGAAAAUGCAAAGAAGGAAAUACUGGAAAGCCUGGACGAAACAUCAGUGUUAAUUGUUAUUGACUGGGCCAUGAAGUUUCAGCAGAUACGUUUUCGAGAAAAACAAUCUGACUGGUAUGGCAAACGUGGGAUAUGUUGGCAUGUAAGCAGCGUCGUAUCGAAGGGCGUAUCCUCGGUGGUUACAUCAUAUGUUCAUUUAUUCGAUUCCACCACUCAAGACUGGUUUGCCGUUGCAUCAAUUCUCGAAAACCUGCUAUCAACUAUCAAGUCCAGCAUGGCAAAUAUCAGCAAAGCUUACAUUCGUUCUGAUGAGGCAGGAUGUUACCACAACAACCUUCUGGUAGCAUCUUUGAAAGAUAUUGGAGAUCGCGUUGGAAUUUGUGUCCAAAGCUAUGAUUUCUCAGAACCUCAACAAGGUAAGGAUAUUUGUGAUAAGAUCAUCUGCCCCCUGAAGUCAUCAAUUCGCCGAUACUGCAAUGAAGGAAAUGAUAUCCUUACAGCUCAAGACAUGCAUACUGCACUGAAUUGCCGUCCAGUUAAAGGAACAACAUCAUCAGUCAAUGAAGUCAAAGCCUCUGCUGAGCAGCUCAGUGUAAAGAAAAUUAAGGACUUCAGCAGUUAUCACAAUUUCCAGUAUAAAGAAGCAGGGAUAAGGGUGUGGAAAGCACAUGGCAUUGGAAAGGGAAAGAAACUAUUGGAUAAAGAUAUCUACAUUAGCCGACAAAAGAGUACAGAAGUGUCAGUCAACUUUCCUGCUGUACAGCAGACUAGGCAAACGAAACUGAAAAGAAAUGAAAACCAUGAUGAUAAUUCAAACGCAGACAGUGCUGGUUUGUUUGAUUGUGCUGAGCCUGGUUGCAACCACAUGUUUGAAACAAUUCAGAGCUUAGAGCUUCACAUGGACCUGGGCCAACAUAGUCGCUUUAUCAACAGCGAGAGCGUGUAUGAUGCGUUAAAAAGAGAGUGGGAAAAACAAUUCACAACGUUAAGCUCAAGAAAUGUUCAGGGCCAGGGACCGAAACAACAUCAAACUUUAGAAUGCAGAGAAUCCUCUUCAAGGAUGGGAUGGGCUCUCAGUAAACCGAAAACUGGCUCUGCGCGUUUUUCUCCAGAUGUCUGCAAGUAUUUGACUGCGAAAUUUGAUUAUGGUGAGCGAACAGGUCAUAAAUCAGACCCAGCGCAGGUGGCUAAAGAUAUGAGAUGUGCAAAGGAUGAAGGGGGAGAAAAAUUAUUCAAGGCAGCCGAGUGGCUCAACAAAGAGAAGAUCAAAGGUUUUUUCUCGAGGCUGGCUAUAAAGCGACGCAAAGGUGUGAUAAGCACAGAUAUUGAGGAAGAAAUUGAGGUCGAUAACUAUGAAAGCGAUACUGACGAUGCAGAAGAAAAUGAAAAAUGA